AUGGAUAUCGCAAUAUUCUACUUAGCUCUAUUCUAUGGUGUUGCAGUCUCCCUGAUAGGCUACCGAGUUCUACAGCUGGUAUUGCCAAUCUUUUACUCACAGGCUUCCCGGUUCAUUACGUAUCCGUUACUUGUGCAGAGAAGCAGGUGGAGAAGUCCAACUCGUCUCCAGGCUAUACUCAGCUUUGUUUUUAUCUCGGGAAAUCUUGCCGUAUUACUCUACCCUUUUUCUCCUCUUCCCGAGGCUCGUUCCAUUCAGAAACGAGCUGCCCUCGCCGCCCUUAUCAACCUGCUUCCGGUUCUAGUUGGACGGCAGAUCCUUUCGCUUUCCACUCUCCCGUAUAUUUCCGCAAGUAGUCUACAGCUCGUGCAUCAUACUUUGAGCAUCACAAUUUACGUCGAAUGUCUCAUACAUUCCAUCAUUGUUUUAUCAACAAAGCCAUCCUACAAUCAGUCAUUAGUGUCAGGGUACAUCGUAGUGGCUGUCAUUGGCUUCUGCAUAUUUGUCUUGAGGCGCACAGCCACUAAAAGAGCAGCCAUAAUCAAAGAGGUCAAUUAUACCGAAAACUUGAUUCUUGUCAAGGUCAAAACUCACAAGCCGGUCGCUAUCUUUCCGGGUUGUUAUUUCUUCCUUCGUCUCUCUGAAUCUAGGUCCCUGUUCGCGUCAAGACUUUUCGAUUCCGAUCCAAGACAGCCAUUCUGGUACGGACAAGGGGAACAAUUAUCUCCUCGCAACGUACAGAAUCUCAUGUUCUUACUGCCUUCUCACAAAAAGCAUGCCAAAAGGUUGAGAUAUUUGGAGGAGGAUCAACGAAUUGACCUAAGCGGUCCUUACGGAACUGAUCUGCAAUUACAUCACUAUGAAGACGUCCUUCUCGUUGCCAAAGGCAAUAAUCUUAAUGGUGUGCUUUCCUAUGCGCUCUCACUUUGCUCUAGAAGAAAUCACGACGACAACAUACGUAGCUCGAUACAAGAGCUCCAGAGCGAGGAAACCAAUCUUUUGGCCGAGAUUGAGAAGCUUCAACAUCAACAGUACAAGGCAGAGUCUCCGAAGCGAGCUUCAAAAAUCAACAAUCUCAGUCAGAAAUUGUCCAUAACGCAGGAUCAGAUUAAAGACCGUCGGGCGCUAGCUUUGUUCAACGACAAGGUGAGAAAAGUGGACUUACUUUGGGUUAUUGAAGAAACCAAGCAGGCUUCGUGGGCAGCUGAAGCUUUUCAAGCUCUACGAAAACUAGAUUCUAAAAAUAAACUGAUAGUAGUGUGGUGUAUGUAUCCCGACGCACACUACCCCCCCUUGUUUGAUAUGUUCAAUACAUCUAGUCACUGGCAGUCGUUCCAUGCUGGACCUUCGACUACAGAUGCACUUCAGACUAUCGACUUCCGUAUUCGAGAGCGGCAGAGUACGGGAAGAAUCGCAGUUGCUUGUUGUGGAGACACGGAAUUCAAUGGACAGGUACGCAGAAUGGUCAUCGGGGCGUUAGAAAAUGCAAGACACAUAGAGUUUAUUGAGAUUGAGAACUGUUCCCUUGACCUUCGGUAG